AUGCCUCUCAUCAUGGAUCAACCAAAGGCAAAGCCCUUUCGCUUCCUGGAUCUGCUCCCAAAGAUCCGCCAACGAAUCUACGAACACGUCCUCGUGUCACAAGCACCCAUUGAGAUCCACGAAGCCAGUCGUCAACGAAGAAGCAGCGUGAGCCGAGGAACUCCUGUCGAGACACCUGGACGGAUCUCAGCCCUUCUCCGAACCAACAAGCAGAUCAGAAGAGAAGCAGCACCUUUAUUCUUCAGCCAAAACACCUUCGUCAUCCCAUGGGGCUUCCCAAACCUCGGUGUUCGCUGGCUGGACUACCUCGCUCCACAUCAUCGAAGAAUCCUUCGCGACGUUCGCUUCUGUUAUGGCGACGGUGCCUUCUGGACGAUAUACGAUGCGAGAACGGCGUUGUCGUCGCUGAGGUUAGCCCUGGAAAGAAGUGGUGCGCUUUCUGAUUUGAAGGAGAUGACAUUAUGGGUGCCGGUGUGCGAGUUUAGUGUUCACACUUGGAAGGAGCUUCACGGGAGAGAGGAUGCAGAGUGGGUGAGCAUGGAUGGGACAAUGCCUUUCGAUAAGGGUGUCGCAAAGAAGCUGUAA